AUGGCCGGAUGCCAUAUGAGAUUUCCCCAAAAUGUCUUUGGGGAGCGGUUUCUAAAGUGCUCCCAAGAGGAGCUACAAGAGAAACUGCCAUCUAUGGUAAGUGUCCAGAUGGGUUGGUCCUCAGUAAAACUCAUCUCAGUCAUGGUGAUGGCUGGUAACAAGUCCGACGGUAGUCCAUGCCUCUCAAUAAGUAGACGAGUGUCUCCUUGGAGAAGCUGGGCUACCGUCAAGCGAGGCCAAGAAGAUGUGAAAGUGGUAAAACAGGCCAAUGGUGUGUCCUCUAGCCAAGUGUCGUACCAGGCACUGAUCUCGCCUCGCCCCACUCGCCAACGAAUAAGAGGCACCAUCUCCAACCAAUGUCGCUGCCAGUCUGCCCAUCGUUUGACUCCUUUGAUGUCAGCCGGCUGUCGAGCCCACUCACCAUAUUUGGCUGACACAAAAGUACCUAGCACCGAUGGUGUGGUCCUCAUCCUCCAAAUGAGUUUCUUUUGAAGCAUGUUAAGUACAUCUUGAGGGCGCCUAAUACCUAGGCCACCCUCAUCCGUAGGUCGACAUGCUUUCUCCCAAGAAACUCGGCGUUGACGACGAGGUCCCUCAAGUUGUCCAUCCCAAAGGAAGGACGUACAUAUCCGUCUAAUAGACUGUAAGACGGUGUCUGGUACCUCAUGGACUGCCAAAAGGUAAUGGUAUGCUCAUGAGGACAUGGCGUAUCAACUGGAUCCGUCCUCCAGGGGAUAGAAGUUGUAACUUCCAUCCUGCUAGUUUCUUCCUUAACUUGCCCACUAGGGCGUCAAAAUAGUGUAUGCGCCUACGGCCGAGGAAGAUAGGACAUCCUAGAUAGUCAAAAGGUAAGUGUCCACGAGAGAACCCUGUUAGGCCCUGGAUGCGUCGUAUGGUCCCUAUGGGAGUAGAAGGGGCUACUAUGAAACUACUCUUCGAGGCAUUUACGAGUUGACCUGCAGCUCGCUCAUACCUCGAGAUAAUACUCAUGAGCCCUCUAAUGGAUGUCUCACCUCCAUUGAGGAAGAGUAUCGCAUCAUCAGCAAAGAGGGAGUGUGAGAUGAUCGGGCAACCCCUCUUCGAGUAGUAUGGUCGGAUAAGUCCUUGAUUGAUCGCUCGGGUGAGGGAUCGACUGAGGACUUCUUCAACUAAGAUGAAGAGGGUGGGUGAUAGUGGAUCGCCCUGUCGUAGACCUCUCGUGGCCGUGAAGAAUGGUGUGGAGCUACCGUUCACUAAUAAAGAGAAAUGAUUCUCCCUAACACAUGCAUCGACUAAGUCAAUGAAGUCGUCGGUGAACCCAAAGCAUCUAAGAACAUUAAUGAGGAAACUCCACUCUAUCCUAUCAAAGGCCUUCUCCAUGUCUAAUUUGAUGAUGAUGUUAGAGCCUCGACAAUCAUGGCCAAGGGACUGUGCUAGUUCAUGUACUAGCAUGAUGUUAUCGUGAAUGUACCGUCCCUUGACAAAUCCGCAUUGUUCUGGAGAUAUAAGUCUAUCAAAGAAACUACUCAAUCUACGUGUAACGAUCUUAGAUACAACUUUAUAACACACGUUACACAAACUGAUACGUCGAAAGUCUCUAAAUGAGGUUGGGGUAGUCACCUUCGGUAUAAGUGCAAGGAAGGUGGCCUUCCAACUUCGUGUAAAGAGUUUACGACGAAAGAUUUCCUUGAUGGCCUGGAUGAGAUCAGUGCCAACGAUAUCCCAACAUGA